UUGAUCAGGUGACAACACUGCUUGUGUCAGUCAUAUAGAAGUUUUGUAAUCAUAAAAUUAAUAAGACCAGAGACUGGACAGCCGUGCCGUGCUCCUCCCACCGGUCAGAUACAGUUGCAGGCUCUUGUUCAGCAAGUCCACCCAAAUUGCAGGCGCCAAAUCUUCCGACGACAACAGCAGCACAUAACCGUACACAGAAUGGCCGGCUUUCCCGACUACAAUACUCAAAUCGAGGAGAAUGCUGAGGUGAACGCUUGGAUUAGGUUCGGCCUGAGGUUGGGCGUCAGCGCCGCCCUGCAUCCUUUUGAGUACUCCAAAACACUGAUCCAGCUCGGCUACGAGCCGAUCGCAGCCCGUCCUGGCAAGUCGAUGCUGGGGAAGCCGAUCAUGAAGCUGCCGAAUAUUUUUCAGUAUGCUGGACACAUAAGGCAGAUCGAUGGCUUCUACGGUUGCUACCGCGGCUUAGCCCCGAAACUGGUGGGAUCCGUGGUGGCCUUGGUGGUGAGCGAGCGGGUGGCCGACAAGCUGGGACUGGACAAGCCGGACGAAAUCAAGGACGACUUAGACCUGAGUGAGGAGGAGAUGUAUGUCCAGUUCAAGACGACCCUGAAGCGAGACAUUGUUCUGAUGGUGAGCGGUAUUGUCGCCUCACAGCCGUUUCACGUAAUCUCGGUGCGCAUGAUGGCCCAGUUUGUGGGACGUGAAACCCUAUACACCUCCAUCUUGGGCUCCGUGGCUGAGAUCUGGAAGACCGAGGGCAUCGCAGGCUUCUUCGCUGGCAUCGUUCCGAAGCUUCUUUGUGAUGUGGCCUGUCUCGUGCUCAGCAGCUCCACGGUCUACAUUCUAAACAAAUACCUGAUCAAGGACAAGCUGGGCAGGCAGUACAACGCCGGCUUCACGCAGUUUGCCAUCUCCAGUCUCCUGUAUCCCCUGCAGGUAGUUUCUACCUGUUGUGUUGUUAGUGGCUCCCGCCUUAUGGCCGGGCAGCCACCAAUAAUGCCGGCCUACAACAACUGGGUGGACUGCUGGAACGACUUGCAAGUGCGUGGCGAGAUCAAGCGCGGCAGCUCCCUUUUCUGGCGAUCCCAACCAUUGAGCGUUCCCAUAGUGCCCACUUCUUUCGCGCCCUUGCCGAAGCUUGCGCGUUACCAGUAGACCGGAGAUUACCUACUAGACCACCACGUUCAGGCAUUGAAGGCGGCAUGGACUGCACUCCGACCCAAGAAAACUGCAUUUGUUUCACAUUUCUGUCACAAUUCUUUAACCCCAAUAUACUUAGAUGCACUCCUGUGUUGAAGUCGGCAAUGGCCUAGUGGUUGCCUAGUCCAUAUAAUCGCCACCUUUAUUUUCUGCAUCCUAUAGAACUGGUUAAUUUUCUAAGUCAGACUAGCUUUUAAAUCGGCAUAGCUUGCGACAUGAUUCCUGUUACUGUUUUACUCAAAAAACAUUUAAAAAAAAUUAAAUAAAAAUUAUUGCCAAAUCAGUCGAA